AUGGCUUACAACAAAGAGAAGAAAAUUCUCAUAAGGGAAUUCAAUGAAGAUAGAGAUAUUGAAGUGGUAGGGAAGCUUGAGAGAAACUGUGAGAUAGGGUCUAAAAAGGGGGUCUCCAUUUUCACUUACAUGAUUGAUCAUGACCCUUUAUGUAGGAUUAGGUUCUUUCCCCUUCAUGUCAUACUGGUAGCUGAGCUGCUUGAAAAUGGGGAGCUUGUUGGUGUGGUUCGUGGUUGCAUUAGGGAUAUGGGGACUGGUUUUAGGGAAGCACAAGUGAAGAUGGGUUGCAUACUAGGCCUUCGAGUCUCUCCUACACACCGACGGAUGGGAAUCGGAUUGAAACUUGUCAACUCAGUUGAAGAAUGGCUGCUGAGAAAUGGAGCUGAGUACACAUUCUUUGCCACUGAGAAGAACAAUACUGCCUCUAUAAAUCUCUUCACUCUCAAAUGCAAUUACAUCAACCUUAGCUCAUUAGUCAUCUUUGCUCAACCAGUUUGUUCUCCUGCACAGAUUCUGUCCCAAGAUAUAAAGAUAGAGAAGUUGCACGUAGACCAGGCAAUUUCCUUUUACAAAAAGAGGCUAGGUGACAAAGAGGUAUAUCCAACUGAUAUUGAAGCAAUUUUGAAGGAAAAGCUUAGUCUUGGCACAUGGGUAUGCUACUUCAACAAAGAGGGAUGGAUUAACUUACACAGCAAGGAAAAGAAUGAAGACAUUACUAAAACCUCAAGCUCUUGGAUAAUUUUUAGCAUAUGGAAUACUUGUGAAGCUUACAAGCUCCAAAUAAGAAAGUCACAUCCACUAAGGUCUUUUCAUGAAACUCUAAGCCAUGCAAGAGAGAAAUUUUCCCUUUGCCUUAAAAGGCCAAAUAGUGACACACUGCCAAAAUCCAUUGGUUUUCUAUUUCUUUAUGGGCUUCUUGGAGAGGGAGAGAAGCUUGGCGAGCUCAUGAAAUUUGUAUGGAGUUUUGCAUCAAAAGUGUGUCAAAAGGUGAAGGAUUGUAAAGUAAUUGUAACUGAGCUAGGGGUCACGGAUCCUCUCAUUAAGCAUGUGCCCCAAGAAACCUCUAUGUCACGUAUCAAUGAUCUUUGGUAUGCCAAAAAAAUGAUGUUCCAAGAUGACAUGGUGGGAGUAAUGCUGCCCAAGGAGCCACUAGGGAAUGUAUUUGUUGAUCCAAGAGAUUUCUAGGCCUAUUCAGCACUCUAGCUCAUAUGCCACACACAAAGCCAUGAAGUUGAUCAAUACCAUUGUUAAUUAGGAAAUCCUGCGGGUCCCAUAUCAUGCUUUUGAUCAACGAUCUCUGGUUGUUGAAGAAGAUGAAAGUCCCGAUGAAGAAAUGAAGACACAAAUGAAUCAAUGAUGACUAGACCAGCAUGGGAACUGUGGCUUUAGUGAUACAAUGAAACCCUAGAGAUAAACGAUCAUUGUUAAUGAAAAAUGUAACCUUCCAUGGUCAGUAUACCUUAA